AGGCCUCUUAUUUUGCGACUUGCCCGCGCGAGGUGGAUGCUCGGCGGUCAGGUCUCUUUGUCCUCCGCCGGUUUUCGUUCAUUUAUAUGUAAUUUUCUUUUGUUUCUUAUACUUCUUUUUCCCCAUCUAUCUGGUCAAACGGAAGAGGGACACCGCGGAGUCUCGGACAUCCAACCUCUCUUCGUAACAUAAGCGGCAGCAUGACACGGGCGCUAUGAUACGCCUGCGGUUCGGGACUACCAUCUUACAAGUUCGAAGAUCGGCGGCCUGCAUCGGUGCCGCCUGUGUCCUCGUGUGCUUCGGAGCCGUCUACAUCUACUUCAGCAGGCUCCUACCGAGCUCUACUGGCCUGGCAGGAUGGCCUCCAGGCAAGGUGGACAUGGCCGCCCUGGAGCAGAGGCUUCAGCGGCUGGAGAAAGAGCUUCGCAACAACCACGUAAUGCUGACCCAGAUCCGGGACACAGUUCGCAAUUUCCUCACUGGUGGCCCUGGUCUGGGCUGGAAGGGCGUCCCCAAGGCCCCACCAGCACUGCAGAAUGUAUCACGGACAGCCAUCGCGCUCUCACCAGCCGACUGCGCCUUUUGCAGCUCCCCUCCUGCCAGUAUCGACUACAAUGUGUAUGACCUAUAUGAGAAGAUAGCAUUCGACAACCCAGAUGGCGGGGUGUGGAAACAAGGUUGGAAACUUGAGUAUGAGGAGUCAAUGUGGACGAAAGACCGGAAACUUAGGGUGUUUGUAGUCCCUCAUUCCCACAAUGAUCCAGGCUGGCUUAAGACAUUUGAUAAGUAUUACCUGGACCAAACGCGACACAUAUUGGACAAUAUGGCCACUAAGCUCGGUGUGGACAAACGGCGGCGUUUCAUCUGGGCCGAGACUUCCUACCUCUCUCACUGGUUUGACCAACAAAGUGAGGACAUCAAGUCCAAAGUGCGGGGUUAUGUGCAGUCUGGCCAACUGGAGAUCGUUACGGGUGGCUGGGUGAUGAAUGACGAAGCCAACACGCACGUGUUUGCAAUGCUGGAACAGAUGGUUGAGGGACAUCAAUGGGUGGAGCGAAACCUAGGGGUGCGGCCCAGAAAUGGUUGGGCAAUUGAUCCUUUUGGCCUUUCUUCCACAAUGCCAUACCUUCUCAAGCGAAUGGGUUUCACCAACAUGGUGGUGCAGAGAGUCCACUACUCGGUGAAGAAGUAUCUGGCUCGGCAGAGAGCGCUUGAGUUCAUCUGGCGUCAACCUUGGGAUCAGAACAAGACAACCGACAUCCUGUGCCACAUGAUGCCAUUCUACAGCUACGAUGUGCCACAUACGUGUGGACCUGACCCCAAGAUCUGCUGCCAGUUCGACUUCAAACGACUUCCGGGCAAUAAGAUCAACUGUCCCUGGAAAGUGCCCCCUGUGGCCAUCACUGACCACAAUGUUGCUGAUCGAGCGAUGCUCCUCCUGGACCAGUAUCGCAAGAAGUCGCUACUCUUCCGCACGCACGUCGUGCUGGUGCCACUCGGAGAUGAUUUCAGGUUCGAUAAAUCUUCAGAGUGGGACAACCAGUUCAACAACUACCAGAAGCUCUUUGACUACAUCAACGCCAAUGAACGUCUGCAUGCUGAGGUACAGUUUGGCACCCUUGAAGACUACUUCGUAGCACUUCGUGCCGAGAGCACAGUGGACAGCAGCAACAUGCCGAUAGGGUUUCCAUCGCUGAGCGGAGAUUUCUUCACCUAUGCUGACCGUGAUGACAACUACUGGAGUGGAUACUACACGUCUCGACCAUUUUACAAGAACAUGGACCGUACUGUAGAGGCACACCUUAGGGGCGCCGAGAUCAUGUUCUCUCUUGUAUGGGCACGCAUGGGUUACAUUUUCAAUGACUACAUGCCACUGGUUAACAGCAUGAUGAAUGGCCUAGUCACUGCACGCCAGAACCUAGGCCUUUUCCAACACCAUGAUGGCAUCACUGGCACUGCCAAGAACCCUGUCGUUAUCGACUAUGGAGUGAGGUUAUUCAAAUCUCUGCAGCACCUAAGAGAGAUUAUCACCAAGGGUGCACUGUAUAUGCUUCUCAAUGCGCCUUCUCAAGGUGGUAUUGAAGAUGACCUCUUUGUUCUCCAGAUGGAUGACGUUCGGGACACUUAUGAUGGAAUGCCGCGCAAGCAGCUUCUCACAUUUACUAGGGAAGGGCGAAUUAGAUACGUUGUAUUUUAUAACUCCCUGACUGUGCCAAGAAGCGAAAUAGUCAAUCUACAGGUCUCCACUGCAUCCAUUGUGGUGAUCGAUGCCAAUGGAAGCGUCGUUCCGAGCCAGCUCUCUCCUGUUUGGAACAAAGAGGAGCUCAUCAGAGGCACAUUUGAGCUGUCCUUUCAGGUUGAUGUCCCACCUCUUGGCUUGGCCACGUACCGGGUGGAACACAUUGAGGGAAUCAGCGGCAUGGUGUUCCGUGCUUCUGUCACACUUCACAAUUCCCUUUCAUCCCCUGACACAUUAUAUUUCCCAAUAUCGCGCUCAGAUUCAAGGGAAGAUUUUCGUAUACAGACGCCAUAUCUAGCAGCCACAUUUUCGCCCACCACAGGAAUGCUGAAGCAUGUUCUAGUGAAAGACCAGAACGUGAGCCUAGACAUUGAGUCUUUGUUUGUCAAGUAUGGUACUCGCCCCAAGAACAAGGAUCGCAGUGGAGCCUACCUCUUCCUUCCUGAUGAGAAGGCCAGGGAGCUGGUCUAUGAUCCACCUUACAUUCGUGUCACUGAAGGCGUGCUCUAUUCAGAAGUUGUGGCUUUCCUGCCAAAUGUUGACUUCGCUGUCAGGAUCAAAAACUCUCCAGGCGUUGAUGGAGUUGGCCUUGACAUCCAGAACAUAGUGGACAUAACAAAGUCGGUGAACGAGGAAUUGGUAAUGCGCCUCAGGACGGGUGUCCACAACGUGGGACCUGAAUUCUACACUGAUAUCAACGGACUCCUGAUGGCAAAGCGACGCACCUUGGCGAAGCUGACACUGCAAGGCAACGUCUAUCCGAUGCCUAGUAUGAUGUUCAUUCAAGACAACAGCACAAGGCUGUCGCUGCUGUCUGGGCAACCACUCGGCACAACGAGUCUGUACACUGGACUCGUGGACGUGUUUUUGGAUCGGCGACUCAACCAGGACGACAAGCGGGGCCUGCAGCAAGGUGUCAUGGAUAACCUCAAGACGCCAAGUCAGUUCCGGCUCCUGGUGGAGAAAUUUUCCACAGAAUCUCAGAAGGAGACGGCAUCAGUCAGUCACCCAUCCCUUCUGGCACACCACGGGUCCCUCAGCCUGCUGCAUCCGCUGUUCACGCUGAUUCACAGCCGGCCACAACGCAUGUCUGACCCGCCCCUCAAGAGCUCAUUCACACCCUUGGGUGGCCCCUUGCCCUGUGAUUUACACCUCAUGAAUCUGCGCACGCUGGCUCUGCCCAAUACAGCCCCAGUGGGUGCCAAACCGGAGUCAUCCUGGACCCCCAGCAACACAACAGCCAUGUUCUUGCACCGCCUCCCCCAUGACUGUCGGCUGCGCUCAUAUGCCAUGCGGUGUACCCAGCAGACCGAUUCUGUGGCAACACUUGCCGAUAUGUUUCCCGACUACUUUGGACCAAGCGUGGAGGAAACCACGCUCUCACUUUUGCGAACGAUCUCGUCAACGUACACCAAGACAUCUCGUCUGAACUUGCCUUCGCCUGCCGAGAUGGCUGCAUACAAACUUCAGCGACGGUGAACAACCCCGCCCUUGUCUGGACAACCAUUCCCUUUUAAUAUCAUCUACUUGCCAAAAAGAAAGAAAGAUGUGGGGAGGAAUUUGCUCCCUUCGCUUAGGAAUGGCCAAAACUGACCCAAUUGCAUGCGUGUUCUGCGGGACAAGUUGACAGACAUGACGCUACUUCACAUUUGCUGUUAAGCAAAACAAAUACGUCAACACCGGUACAUGCAACAGCAAGUGCUUGGUCUGCACUGGCCAUUUAAUGCUCAAGUCUUCCCCGGUCUACUUUCAUCGCAUCUGGACCUGUGUCUAGUUUUAUAGAGUGCUAUUUUUUUUCUUCCUUUCGUUUGGUCUUGAAUAUUGUCCCGACAGUCCUAUUUAUUUUCUACUCAUUUACGUCAUAUUCGCGUUGUUUGAUUCCAUACUUCCCUUUGCAAUAUAGGGUGCUGCAACGUACCAAAAAAUGUUAUUGUCAGAUAGAUUUUAUAAAUUAUUUCUACGUUAUGCAGAGCCACGGCGUUGUUGAACUCUUGUUCACAUUUGCGACCAUCAAUUUGCCAGACAUUGAUAUAUUGCGACCAUCAAGUUGGCAAUAAUUGGCAAGAGGACGCUUACGGCAAGUUGCUUAUAUGAACUGCCAAAACCUACCUUAAUACGUCGAAAUUUUCCGAUGGGCUGGGAGGCUUUAGUCCAAUUUUCUUUAGUUUAAUCUAUUAUGUUUAGGUUUAAAUAUAGAGGCCUUUAUUUUAUGCAUAGAAGGGUGACCCGAAUGAACUUGUACCAGUGAUGCAUGACUGUUUAGCACUAGCAACCAAUGUGUGCAAAUGCACACUCAUGAAAAGGCAGCUGGAAUUAUUGGUAGACUGCCUUUUGAUUGUCUUCCCUCUUGUAAGAGCGUAAUAGUGCUAAACGGUGAAAUGUGUGAUUUGCACUAGAUGCACUGUUAGCCCUCUAACCACUCGAUGGCACUGGAGUACUUUUAAUGAAGCGAGACUUGUUACAGCAUGUUGACACCUUCCUGCAUAGCCCAACUGAGCCCACAGGCUUGUGUGUGUAUGGUAGUGUGCAGCCCAAAGGCCUGUUAGCAACAGCAGCUGUUACCAAGAGCUACUACUUCAAAUGUGGCGCAUCAACUUAGGCAGAACUGUGACUUAUAUGAUAACAGAGGAAUUGUGAAUAGUGUAUACAGUGGAUGUAGUUAGGAUGUUUUUAAUAAUUUUUCUCUGUGAUUAGAAGAAACAAGGGAGAAACUGUUGUGUCGACCCUUUGUGUCUAUCUUGCCGGUGAGUCAUUAGAGGCAGACUAUACUGUGUUUGUGUGGCCCACAAUGCAACCAUUCCAUAGCACUGUGUUCUAGGGAGAGCAGUGUCCUGAACAUGAUGGGCCUUUUUUUUUUCUUUGUAAAUAACAUUAAUUGAAUAGUUAAUUUGUGUCGUGGAAGAAUGCAAGUGCAGAGAGCAUUAGCUGUGCAAAAAAAUUUGUGUUGUGGGAGAAUGCAAGUGCAGAGAGCAUUAGCUGUGCAAAAAUAAAGGCGUUCAGAUUC